AACAAAUUCUGUACAACAUAAAACAGGAGUAUAAGCGGAUGCAGAAGAGAAGACAUUUAGAAGCUAGUUUUCAGCAGACAGACCCAGGCUGUAGUUCUGAUUCACAGCCACAUGCAUUUCUCAUCAGUGGACCAGCGUCACCAGGUACUUCAUCUGCAACAUCCUCACCAUUAAAAAAAGAACAGCCCUUAUUUACUCUAAGGCAGGUUGGGAUGAUCUGUGAACGUUUGUUGAAAGAACGAGAAGAGAAAGUUCGAGAAGAAUAUGAAGAAAUACUGAACACAAAACUUGCAGAACAAUAUGAUGCAUUUGUGAAGUUUACGCAUGAUCAGAUAAUGCGGCGAUAUGGAGAACAGCCUGCUAGUUAUGUUUCAUGAAUCACCCUUUUGCAUUUGUGGGCUGCCUUGUUCCUUGUUGAGUUGUUGCAGGAGGUCCCAACUAUGACACGCAGCAAUGCCAGUACCCAUCUGUGAAUACAGGUUAUUUCAAGCUUUCGUCAAUGGCAACCACUCUUAGGCAGCAGCAAUUGGUUUUGGAAAUUUCCGUGAUGUCAUUACCACCUGGAUGUGGACCUUUGCUACUUGUAUUAAUACCAGUGGCCUCGUUUUGCUGUAUCAUUACAAUUUGGCUUCUUUAUAUUAAUGUUUAAAAGGGAUUAAAGUUGGCAUUCUAGAACAUGCCCUUCACUGGUUAUGUAAAUAAAACUGUAGAAUGACACGUCAGAUGAAGUUAGUGUGAUUUUAAUUGUGCACUACAACCAAGCUGUAACCAGUUAUUAAUAAUUUAGAAUGUAAUCCCAGGACAAUUAAGCAGUUAGUCUACAGUACUUCUGUGAAAUAGUGGAGGAGGAGGGCAUUUCUGUAUUUCAGGACUUUUCUUGGGGUUUCAGAAUGGGUUUAUAUGAUUUCCUUUAUUAUUAUUUUUUGGUAGUUUUAUUUAUUCUAUCAGUCUUUUUAACAAAUGUUUAUUGCUGCACCCCAACCCCCUCCCCCAGUGUAUCAUUGUUUUACUGCCCUUGUAGCACUGGAGUUUAGUUGGAAAAAUAAAACAUUUACUUCUA